CAACUCCAUGUUGAAGAACUACGACUCCCAUAAUGCACAUGUGACAGUACCCGGAAGUGCAAUAUACCGAGUCCACGCGCUGGUGUGUUUGAAAAUCAUGCGCUUGGAGCAGAAAGGACGCUGCUCUUAUGUACCCGACGCCCCUGUACGCUCACGCCGGCCGCGGCUCUUUCUCAGACGUGUACGAUCCUGCUGAAGAUUCGUUCCUCCUGAUUGACGCUCUGGAGAAAGACGCUGAUCGGCUGAAGGGAAGCAGGCCGUCCGUGUGUCUGGAGGUGGGCAGCGGCUCCGGUGUCGUAUCGGCCUUCCUUGCGUCUGUGGUCGGGUCUGAAGCGUUAUAUCUCUGCACUGAUGUGAAUCCAGCGGCUGCGCAGUGCACACUGCAGACGUCUGACAUCAACCACCUGCAGCUGCAGCCGGUCGUCACUGACCUGGUCCAGUGUCUUUUGCCGAGGCUGAAUGGAAAAGUGGACGUGCUUGUUUUCAAUCCGCCAUAUGUCGUCACACCGUCAGAGGAGGUAAACGAGUCCGCAGGGAUCGAGGCGUCGUGGGCCGGUGGGAUACGCGGCCGAGAGGUGAUGGACCGGUUCUUCCCCAUGAUUCCACAGCUGCUGUCGGAUCACGGGCUGUUUUACCUGGUGGUCGUGUCAGAUAAUGAUCCAGAUGAGAUCCUGUCUCUGUUGGGGAAAUCCGGGCUGAACGGACACGCGUGUUUGUCCCGUCAGGCUGGACGAGAGACGCUCUCCAUACUGCGCUUCAGUAAAAGUGACGACAUCAGCACGUGAAGACUGUGAAACACAGCAGACGUCUCAUCCCAGUUUAUUAUAAAAAUCACGCUGAUGUUUUGACGUUCGUCCCGCUGCUGAACCCUCAGUAAUUGAGGCGUUUGUGUUUCCAUAAAGUCUGCCGAAGCUCAGCAACUGGGUCACAAGAAACCGGUUAGUCAUUCCUAACGGAUUGAUGGUGAUUGUUGACGCUCAGCGGACUGCGCCGUGUCUCAUUGUUUGUUGAGCGUGUCAGACUCCCGCUGCUUCUGUUUCAUUCCAUCAAUGUGUUCACUAGAGAGUGUUAAACGCUCCUGCUGACCCGCACUGACACUCGGAGCACAUGGUUUCACCCAGAAUGCCACAAUCUGGAUAUUAAACAUGACUGUUUUUAA